AUGAACAGUACUGAUGAAGAAUCUAUGCAUAGAAGGGAUCGUUACAGUGAGCAAAAAAUUGAAGGAUGUCACAGCAAGACUUCACAUUCAAGUGACAGAAAGAAAAAACUUCUUAAAGUGUCGUCUGAGAGACAUCAUCGCCGGCCAUCAUCACAUUCAAGUGAUGAGAUUAAACUUCUUAAAGUGCCGUCUGAGAGACAAAAUCACCGGUCAUCAUCACAUUCAAGUGACGAGAAGAUGAAACUGUAUAAAGUGCCGUCAAAAAGACAUCACAGCCGGUCAUCAUCACAUCACCGAUCUCCAAGUCACCAUAGAAGAAGAAAACAUGAUGAUGAAAAACAAAAUGUUCAUCAGCGGAAAAGUCGAAAAGACUUGCAUGAAGAAAGUCGUCAUAGUCGUCACAAUGGUAAAAGUGCUUCACAUUCAUAUUCACCUCAUCGUCACCAUAGUAACAGCGCUUCACGUCAUCGUCACCAUAGUAACAGCGUUUCACAUUCAUCUUCACCAUAG